UAGACUGGCAGAAAUUAAUCUAUCUCAUCAGCCAACACUCAGAAAGGGAAAACUUAAAUUAGUCAACAAGCAUCAGGAGAUGGAAAAACUGAUUAUCAGCGUUCAAGCCAAACAAGACCAACUUUCAGCCUUGUUAGAAGGUCAUAUGUUCAAGAUGGCUCACAGGCUGCUCCUUAAAAAGAUAGAGCAGAACGAAGAACAUAGCGAGGUUCUCUUUCAGAAAUUUGUGGAGGGGAGAAUGUCCGUGGAGAAGUUCUUAGGGCGCUUUCAGAACUCCAGAUGUCUGUAUCACAUCCGACUGGUUCAGGCAGUGAAGACCCAGGACAUCCUGGAACCUACACCAAAGGAACACCAGAUAUCUACUGAGACUCACAAUAGUGAGAGUUUCCCUCUGGACUACCCCCAUAACCAGCCUGACACCUGCCGUGUUCACUACAGCCUUGUGCCUUUUGUUAUUCUGCCAAACUUCUACCACCCAUACUCCUCCAUUCCAUUUCCUUCUCCAUUUCUACCCCCUUUGAGUGGCUAUGUAAACAGUGCUCAUCUUCUACAGCCUAGGGCCUUGGAUUUUCACCAAACAUCCCAACAUGUACGCCCUAGAGUUCAUGAACAGACGCCUAGGUGGCCAGCGAGACCUGCCCGUCUAGAACAACUUAAUUUACCAACAAGACAUCAGCAGAAGGAACCACACUAGAGAGAAAGGA